AUGAUGAAACUGUGGGCAGCUUUUGUUUUCAGCAUCAGCCUAGUGUGGACACAACAGAGUCUGACCAAAGUCAAAGACAGAGGCAAAACAAGGUUCACAGACAAUUCCACACUAAAAGAACCUGAGAAUUCCUCGCUUUCUGCUUUCAUUCUCUUUAGACAGAAAGCUGUCCAGUCUACCACACUGGUUUUUAGAAGCAAAAUGGGAAGUGACUUCGUGGAUAUUUUGGCUACUUUCAUCUGUAUAGAAACAACUUCCGUGGAGAACAGCAUUAAGAAAAGAUCUGAUUUACAGAAUGAAGAGACCAACUUUAUAGACAUAAAUUUGUUUGAACGUUAUUUUCUGAAAUGUAAAGAAGAACAUAAAACAGAAGCAAGAGACAAGGGAGUUGCUAUUUUGGUGCAGAGAGUAAACUCCAAGAAGAAUGAACUUUCAGAUUCUUGUAAGCAAAUGGAAAAUGACAUUCAGAUGUAUCAGCGCCAACUGGAGGCAAAAAAGAAAAUGCAGACUGAUCUGGAUAAGGAAUUACAGUCAGCUUUUCAAGAAAUAUCAAAACUCAACGCCCUGGUAGAUGGCAAAGGUUUAUUGUCUAAUUUGGAAUUGGAGAAAAGGAUUACUGAUCUCCAAAAAGAACUAAAUAAAGAAGUUGAAGAAAAAGAAAUGUGGCAGAAAGAAGUUACCUUGCUGUCGGAGUUGAAAUCUUUACCGUCUGAGGUGGAAGCGCUGAGGAAAGAGCUGCAUGAGAAAUCUGAAGAGCUCUGUAUAAUAGCAACAGAAAGAGAAAAAUUGUUUUCUGAAAUAGCUCAUAAAGACAGUAGAAUUCAAGGCUUACUUGAGGAAAUUGGAAACACUAAAGAUGACCUUGCUGCUUCCCAACUGAGUCAGAGAAACAGUGAUGAAGAAUGCCAAGCACUGAAAAGCCUUCACGUAGAGCUCGAGCAUAGACAUGAGGGGGUCCUGGAGGAGAGGGACAAGAUGAAGCAGGAGAUAGGGACUCUCUCCAAAGAGGCAGAAAGCCUGGCUUUAAGUUUGGAUUCCAUGAAGGCCGAGCUUUCUCACAAGACUCAAGAACUUGAGCAGAAGACAGUCGAAUGUCAAGAAAGGUUAAAUAAAAUGGAGGAGCUGAGAGAAGAGCUAAAAAGCAGAGACUCCAGCCUGCAGUCUGUAGAGAAGGAGAAAGCUCUGCUCACUGAGAAGCUGCAGCAAACCUUGGAGGAAGUAAAAGCCUUAACCCAAGAAAAGAAAGAACUAAAGCAGCUCCAGGAGAGCCUGAGAACUGAGAGGGACCAACUCAAAAGUGACCUUCAGGACACUGUGAACAUGAACAUAGACUCUCAAGAACAGUUACUAAAUGCUCUUGAAUCUUUGAAACAACACCAAGAAACAAUUAACGCACUGAGAACGAGAGCUGCUGAGGAAGUGUCUAAUAAUUUACAUACAAAGGGCCAAGAAGGAGCUAGAGAUGACAUUCUGCAAAAGAUGAAUGGCAUAGAUGAACAGAAUCUGCUGGCUGAAAGCAUCCACACAUUGGUUGUUGAUGGUAAGGACAACGGAGUAACUGAGGAACAAAGGAAAAUAGACUCUCUGAUGCAGGAGAAUAGAGGACUCCAACAGACACUGGAAAGUAUUAGAGCAGAAAAGGAACAAUUGAAGAUGGACCUCAAGGAAAGUAUCGAAAUGAGUAUUGAAAACCAGGAAGAGUUACGAAUUCUUAGAGAUGAACUUAAGAGGCAUCAAGAGAUAGCUGCACAGGAGAAGGAUCAUCCCACAGAGAAGAGUGAAGAACUUUCCAGGGCGCAUGAGAGAUUGGCAGAAAUAGAAGAACAGUUAAAGGAAAAGAACCAGAAACUCCAAGAGACAGAGCAGCAACUUCUUAGUACAGAAGAGGCUGUGAAUAAGAUGCAGGCAAAGGUGAUUGAAGUGGAGAACUUACAGAAUGAAUUCAGGAACCAAGGACUGGCUUUGGAGCGUGUGGAAGCAGAGAGACUGGAGUUAGCUCAGAAACUUCAUGAAAAUUAUGAGGAGAUGAAAUCUAUAACCAAAGAAAGAAAUGAUCUAAAGGAAUUGCAGGAGUCAUUUGAAAUAGAGAAAAAGCAACUUAAAGAAUAUGCAAGAGAAAUCGAAGCCGAGGGUCUACAAGCAAAAGAAGAGCUAAACAUUGCCCGAGCAAAUCUAAAAGAAUACCAAGAAAUCGUCAAAGAACUAAGAAGAAGCGUUUCUGAAAAAGAAGCUCAAGCAGCAAGCACCCAGGAUACAGCAAAAAUUGACCCUGAAUUACAAGGACAGAUCCCAGAGCAAGAGCUGCUUCCUGAUGUAAAAGAAGCCAGGGACGGUGCAGAAACAGUGAGUGAGCUGGAGCCAGUGGAAGAACAUUCCAGAACAGUGCAUUCAGUAACAGUGGAUGGCGUAGACAUAGAAAACCUUAGGCUGACCAAGAUACUUGAAGAAAGUCAGAAGGAGAUCAGCUGUCUCACUAAAGAGAGAGAAGACCUGAGAAGGACACAGGAAGCACUUCAGGUUGAGUGUGCCCAGCUGAAAGAAGAUGCAAGAAGAACUUUGGCUAAUCAUCUGCAAACUGAAGAGGAACUUAACCUUGCUCGCUGUUGCCUGAAAGAACAAGAGAACAAACUUGACUCCCUAAAAAUGAGCUUCUCCCAGAAGGAAGCUGAGCUAUCAAGUCUGCGGGGACAACUAGAGUCAACCACAGCUGAACUUUCAAGAAAGGUUCAGGAACUCUAUGAGAAACAGGAACAACUUAAAAUAAAAGAAACUAGUGAGGCUCAAGGGAAGAUGGAUGAACUAGACGGAGUCAGGGCACUUCUCCUUGCCAAGGACUCAGCACUGGAGAAUGUAGAAAGUGACAGGCUCCAGUUGAAUAAACAACUUGAAGAAAGUCAAGAGGAAAUAAAAGUCCUAAUUAAGGAAAGAGAAGAGCUGAGAAGAAUACAAGAGGCUCUUCGUGUGGAGAGUGAGAAGCAGAGAGAAAGCAUUGAGGAAAUCAGCACUAAGCUCCAAGAACUUCAGAACAAAGAGUCUGAAUGGCUUGCACUGAAGAUUAAUGAGACUCAAGGAAACAGAUGUGAAAUGGACCGCUUGAACGAGCAGUUGGAGGCCCAGAAGUCAAGUCUGGAAAAGGUGGAAAUGCAGAAUGUAAACUUGACUCAGAGACUUCAUGAAGCCCUUGAAGAAAUGAGAUCUGUAGCAAAAGAAAGAGAUGAGCUUUGGAGUGUGGAGGAGCGCCUCACAGCAGAGAGAGACCAACUGAAGAGGAGCCUCGAGGAAACAGUAACCAAAGGUCUGGAAAAAGAGGAAGAGCUAAGAGUUGUGCAUCUGCAUCUGCAAGAGCACCAGGAAACUAUCGACAAGCUCAGAAAGAUGGUGUCUGACUACACAGAUGAAAUGUCACAUAUUCAAGGGGACUUGAAGCACACAAAUGCUACCUUAGAAGCACAGAGCCAAGAACUCCAGGAAAAAGAACAUCAACUUUCUCAAGUAAAAGCUGAUCUCAGAGAAACUAUGGAUCAAAUGGAGCAAUUGAAGAAGCAGCUCGAAGCCCAGAAUUCGACUCUGGAAAGCAUAGAAAUGGAAAAGUUAAAAUUAACUCAACAACUUAAUGAAAACCUUAAAGAAAUAGCACUUGUCACUAAGGAAAACGAUGGCCUAAAAAUUAUGGAUGAAGCCCUCAGAGAAGAGCAAGACCAACUAAGGAAAAGUCUUCAACAAACUGAAGCAAGUGAUCUGGAAAAGCAAGAGAAACUAAGAAUUGCUGCCAUGAAUCUGAAGGAGCACCAGGACACCAUUGACAGACUCCUGGGAGCUGUGUCUAAGAAGACAGAGGAAGUAUCAAAUAUGAAAACGGAGUUAGAGAACACAAACAUUAAAUUACAAGAAAAGGUUCAAGAACUUAAGGCAAGUGAGCUUCAGCUUCAUAAGUUAAAAGCAGAUGCUGGGGAAACCAAGAAGCAGCUCAAGGAGCAGGGCUUAACUCUGAGUAAGAUAGAGAUGGAGAAUUUAAGUCUGGCUCAGAAGAUUCACGAAAACCUUGAAGAAAUGAAAUCUGUAGUAAAAGAAAGAGAUGAUCUAAAGAGAAUUGGAGAGAUACUGAGAAUGGAGAGAGACCAGCUCAAGGAUAACCUAAGGGAAACCAUGUUUAAGGCCCAGCAGAACCAUGAAGAGACCAUGAAAUAUGGAAAGGGGUUGCUCUGUGGUGGAGAGCAACACUGUACAGGAAGACUUCGAGAAAAGUGCUUCAGGAUAGAAAAACUCCUGAAAAGAUACUCAGAAAUGGCUAAUGAUUAUGAGUGCUUGAAUGGAUUCUCUCUUGACAUGGAGAGAGAAACUAAAAGCCAGAAGGAGCUGUCAAGUACUGUAAAAACAAAGCUCUCACCUCCACACACACAAACCAAAGAGAUUGAAAAGCUUCUUGCUGCAAACCAGAGAUGUUCCGUGGAAUUCCACAGAGUCCUGAAGAAACUUAAGUACGUGUUAAGCUUCAUUACAAGGAUAAAGGAAGAGCAACAUGAGUCCAUCAAUAAAAUUGAAAUGGCUUUUAUUCAGGAAGUAGAAAAGCAGAAUGAACUGCAAGUUAAACUCCAGAGCCUUUCACAGACUUAUGAUAUUCCAUCCAGAGAUUUACAGAUCAAACUGAGCCAGGAGAUGGACCUCCAUAUUGAGGAAAUUCUCAAAGACUUUGCAGAAAACGACUUCCUCACCAUAAAAACUGAAGUCCAACAAGUACUAAGUAGUAGGAAAGAAAUAACUGAGUUUUUGGGAAAAUGGCUAAAUACUCUUUGUGAUACAGAACACCUUGAAAGUAGAAUCCAGAAAGAAAACAAAAGCCUUGGGCUCGUGAAUAACUUCUAUCAUAGCAAAAUAACUGUGUUGAUAAAUGAAUCAACGAAGUUUGAGGAAAGAAGUGCUGCCAGAUCCAAAGAAUUGGAACAUUAUCUGAAGUCACUGAAAGAAACAACUGAACAACUAUCUACAGUCUACCAGACAUUGACUGCCUCCCAGUCAGCUGUGCCUUUCCACCCUACUGUGCGUCUUUCCACACAGGACAGCAAGGAUCCUCAUGUGGCAUCAGGAGCUGAACAACUGACCUCAAAGGACAAAACUACUUUAGAAGCCGUACCCUAUAAAGAAGAAAUUGAGGAUCUCAAAAUGCAGCUGGUGAAGAUUGACCUAGAGAAGAAGGCGAACGCCAAGGAAUAUGAAAAGAAAAUUCUUUCUAUAAAAGCCACUGUUGAACAUCAAGAAGAAGUGAUAAGGCUACUGAGAGAAAAUCUAAGAAGAAGUCAACAGGCCCAGGAGACCUCAAUGAUAUCAGAACAAGACUCUCAGACUUCGAGCAAACCUCUGACCUGUGGAGGUGGUAGUGGAAUUGUACAAAGCACACAAGCUCUUAUUUUGAAAAGUGAAUAUAAAAGGAUGGGAAGUGAAAUUUCUAAGUUAAAGCAGCAAAAUGAGCAGCUAAGAAAGCAAAAGAAUCAACUAUUAAGUGACAACUCUCAGCUCUCCAAGGAGGUUAAAACCUGGGAAGAAAGAACUCUUAAAAGAGACAGUUACAGAGAAGCAACUUGUGAGAAUUCUCCAAAGUCUCCUAAAGUGACUGGGACAGAUUCUAAAAGGAGACAGAACACAACUUCUCAGUGCAGAGAACGAAAUUUCCAAGAUCCUGCACCAAAAGAUUCCCCCAAAUUUUGGUUUUUCGAUAACCGGUCAAAGUCUCUACCAGCACCUCACCCAGUCCGCUACUUUGAUAACUCCAGUUUAGGGCUGUCCCCAGAGGAACCAGCUGAAGUAGAGAAUGUGAACCCCAAGACAGACCUUUGUCAAGCCUCUUCAGGAAAAGAUGUAUCUGAGUGCAAAAUGCAGUAGACGUUUCCCUCAGCGCCCUUGGAAUGGCUUGCUUCAUGUGUUCGCUCUGACAAUGAUGAUGCAGUCCAACUUGAUGUCAGUCUAAUUUUCACUGAAGACGGAGGAAUAAGAAACAGAUUGAUUGCAGUUAUUUAGAAUGAUGGUGGAGGUUCCUUCUGCUUGCAUUUGUGACAUUCCAGACGCUGAACUGUUAAUUAUUUAUUUUUAUAUAUUGCAAAGAGCAAGGGUCAUGAAGGAAAUUUUUAGUCUUUUUAUUUGGGCAUAACAUGUAUACAUUUCAUUAAAGUUACUCAUAUAUCACUUAGAAGAUUCUGGAACAUAGCACAU